CUCAAUGGUUGCAUUAUCCCCAUGGGUGUCACAGAGUUGUGCAUUACUUUGAGUGUUUUAUUCUGUAAAGGUGUAGCUUACGAAAACGUAGGAUUUAAUAAAUCAGCAUGGGAGCAGUAUCCUUAUUAUCAUCCUUACAUGCAAUGGGGAGCAGAGCGUGCUGUGGACGGUUUGUAUUCAGACCUGACUGCUGCUGGAGGACAAUGUGUCAUAUCAGCAAAUGGAAAAUCAACCGCAGAGUUGCGGGUGGACCUUGAAAGAAUACACAUAAUCCAUCAUAUUGUUAUAUAUUAUAGAACGGAACAUAUAGAUUCAGAUAUAAUCAACCUGUAUGCUUCACGAUUUUUGGGAUUAUCGGUGUACGUAUCAAACACCACUGACAAAGACGAUGGAAUACUUUGCUUCAUGGACAUGAACUACACGCUAGAAACAAUACCUAACCCGAUAAACAUAACAUGUCCAAACCAGGAAAGCGGAAGAUACGUCAUAUAUUACAACAACAGAACACAUCCUCCUUAUCCCGAUGGUUAUUCUACCUAUGCUUUCAACGAGCUUUGUGAAAUGGAAGUUUUCUCUUGUCCCUAUGGGUUCUUUGGAAAAGAUUGCACAGACAAAUGUAACUACACGUGUACUGGAUGUAAUGAUGUCAAUGGUUCCUGCGACUCUGGUUGUCACCCUGGCUGGUUUGGAAACUAUUGUAAUAAAGCUUGUGCUGUAGGUACAUAUGGUUUCGAAUGUAGGGAAACAUGUGGAAAAUGUGGUGAUAUUAGCCAGUGUAUAAAUACUAAUGGGACGUGCUUAGGAGGAUGUAAAGAUGGCUUUCAGGGAAUCUUGUGCAAAUCACCUUGUAACACAGGAUCAUAUGGUAUUGAUUGCAAAGAAAAAUGCGGCAACUGUCUUGAUGUUUACAAGUGUUUAUAUACUAACGGAACAUGUUUAAAUGGAUGCGUCGCGGGUUUUCAGGGAAACUUGUGUAAAACACCAUGUACGUUAGGUUCGUAUGGACUGGAAUGCAGAGGCACAUGUGGUAACUGCCGUAUGUGUUCAAAUACGAAUGGUUCUUGCUUAACUGCAUGCGAUGCUGGAUACUUGGGAAUAUUGUGUAAAACGCCUUGCAGCGAAGGUUUUUAUGGUCCUGAUUGUAAACAAAAAUGUGGAAACUGCCUUGACGUUAACAAGUGUUUACAUACUACUGGACAAUGUUUAACUGGAUGUGAUGUUGGAUAUCAAGGAACACUCUGUAAAACACCCUGUGAUAGAGGAUCGUAUGGAUACCAAUGCCGUGAAAAAUGUGGGCAUUGUCGUGAUUUAAACCAGUGCUUCCAUAUCACAGGGGUGUGUCUUACUGGAUGCGAUGCUGGCUAUGAGAGCUCUAUGUGUAACGCGACUUGCCGACAAGGAUUCUUUGGGAACAACUGUUCUCAUACAUGUAUUGAAACAUGUAAUGGAUGUAACAACGUCAAUGGUUUGUGUGAUUCUGGUUGUCUCUUGGGAUGGAGGGGAUAUUUCUGCAGUGAAUUGUACGGAUGUUCUCCAAAAGGAUAUUUCGGAUCCAACUGUAGCGUCCCCUGUCCAGAUAUCAAUUGUCAGGAGUGUCACAUGGAGUCUGGCAUCUGUCAUGUUUGUAAACAGGGCUACAAAGGCCAACGAUGUGAAACUGUUUCAGAACUGGCAGACAUUAUAAAUGGUGUAAAGUUUUACAGUCUUCUUGGCGCAUUUUGUCUCUCUCUUACUGUCAUUGGAAUUCUAAUUGGUUACAAUAUAAUGAGACGAAAGAGACAGCUAACACAGCAUCAACCAUCUGAUCUUCAAGGGUCACGUGAUGUCAACCUUCCCAAUGUCUCUAGAGACUAUGCUAAUUGUGAAGAGCUAAGGGAAUUGCGAAGAUCUGAAAUAUACGAUACAAUUCAGUAAAUG